GAUAUUCCUUUAAAGCGAUGGACAAUCAGCUACACAGAAAAAGACAAAACACACCCGAUAAACUCAAAGCCAAUUUUCUCUUUUGUCACUCCAUCUCCACUUAUCCAAACAAUGGAAACAUGGUUCCUCAUCCUCCUCACAAUUUCCAUCUCUCUUCUUCUCAAAGCCUUUCUCAAUCUCUUCUACCCUUCCAAAACGCUUCCCCAUAAUCUCCCUCCAGGCCCUUACACAUUCCCUAUCAUUGGCAACAUCUUAUGGCUCCGAAAAUCUUUCUUCGAAAUCGAACCAAUCCUCCGCAGCCUCCAUACAAAGCUUGGUCCCAUGGUCACUCUAUACAUUGGUCCUCGUCCCAGCAUCUUUGUCUCCGAUCGUUCCCUUGCUCAUCGGGCUUUAGUCCAAAGCGGUUCACUAUUUUCAGACCGGCCCGAAGCUUUUGCUACUAAUAAGAUCAUGUCUAGCAACCAACAUAACAUCAGCUCUGCCCCCUAUGGCCCAACCUGGCGGCUUUUGCGGCGGAAUCUGACUUCAGAAAUCCUCCAUCCUUCACGUAUAAAGUCCUAUUCUCAUGCACGUAAAUGGGUUUUGGAAAUUCUUCUUGAUAAUUUAGAGUCAAAGGCUAAAACUGGAGAAUCGGUUCAGGUUUUGGCUCAUUUUCAAUAUGCUAUUUUUUGUUUGCUACUUUUGAUGUGUUUUGGUGAUAAGCUUUCUCAAGAGAAAAUCAAAGAAAUUGAAGCUGUUAUGCGAAGGGAGCUGUUAGGUUUUGGAAGAUUCAAUAUACUUAACUUUUGGCCUAGAGUGACCAAGGUUUUGCUUCGUAAGCAAUGGAGGCAGCUUUUUCAACUACGUAAGAAUCAAGAAGAUGUGCUGAUUCCUUUGAUAAGAGCAAGAAAGAAAGCUAAAGAGGAGAAACUAAGCAAGGACAGUGAUGAUUAUGUUUUGGCAUAUGUUGAUACUUUGUUGGAUUUGGAGUUACCAGAGGAGAAAAGGAAACUUGAUGAAGGAGAAAUCGUUAGUUUGGCCUCUGAGUUUCUUAAUGGUGGCACUGAUACCACCUCCACCGCUUUGCAAUGGAUUAUGGCAAAUUUGGUGAAAUACCCAUAUAUUCAGGAUAAAUUAUUGCUUGAAAUUAAAGGGGUUGUGGGAGAUGAAGAGGAAAAAGUCAAAGAAGAUGAUUUGCCAAAGAUGCCUUAUUUGAAAGCAGUGAUUUUGGAAGGGCUAAGAAGGCACCCACCAGGGCACUUUGUGGUGCCUCAUAGUGUGACAGAAGACGCAGUCCUGGGAGAAUUUUUGGUCCCCAAGAAUGGAACUAUCAAUUUCAUGGUGGCAGAAAUGGGAUGGGAUCCAAAGGUGUGGGAGGAUCCAAUGGCAUUUAAGCCUGAGAGGUUCUUGGGAAGUGAUGAUAGUAGUGGUGAAGCGUUUGACAUAACAGGGAGUAGGGAGAUUAAGAUGAUGCCUUUUGGAGUUGGGAGAAGAAUUUGUCCUGGACUUGGCUUAGCCCUUCUUCAUCUGGAGUAUUUUGUGGCAAAUUUGAUUUGGAAAUUUGAAUGGAAGGCUAUGGAUGGAGAUGAGAUCAGCUUGGAGGAGAAGCUAGAGUACACGGUUGUGCUGAAGAAUCUAUUGAGGGCCCACAUUUCGCCAAGGAAGAGACAAGGGGUUGAUUUUCUACUUAGAAAUUAAAUUAUAUAGGUGGAGGUCAGAUGUCAAUUUAGCUAUUAAGUAUGUGCUUAAUAUGUAUGCAUGUUUCUUUCUAUACAUGAAUCUAGAAAACUUUAUAGUAAGUAGUUUUCUACGUGACUGCAUCAAUUAAGUAAUGAUUGCUAAAACCAACUAAUCCAAGGUGAAAUAAAAAAAAAAAUGAUUGCUAAAAGAGAGAAACCGUUAUAAUCUUCAGUUUUGAUAAUUAAGUAAUGAUUCCAAUGAAAAAGG